GCAUGAAUCUCCGACUCGUCCUCCUACUUUCGCGGUGCACGCUUAGAACUUCAACGAUCUUCACAAUCGUACCCGGUGCAUCGAAGACCAAACAAAAGAAGAAAGAGAAAAAUUGCUUGUGUUUUUUGCUUCGCGCUUGUUGAUGGGUCUCUCUCUUUUUGUUUCAAAUUCCAUCAGAUUCCCAAACCAAGUGCCUACAUCACUUAAUGAUGCCAAGACGAGAACAUGUGUUAUAGAGUGGCUGAAUAGCACUCUUCCCAGUUUGAAUCUACCAGUGAAUGCUUCAGAUGAGGAGUUGAGAAGUUUUGUAGCUGAUGGUACUAUUCUGUGUCGACUGAUGAACAAGCUUAGACAAGGACCUGUUAUUGAGUAUGGCAAUCCUCAUCAUUCGUCAGAAGCACAAUCAGAUAAUGUAAAAAAGUUUCUUGCAGCCAUGGAUGACAUGAAUCUACCCCAUUUUAAUAGCUCGGAGCUAGAGAAGGGGUCCAUGAAAAUAGUGUUGGAAUGCCUUUUAACGCUUAAAGCACAUUUCAUGACAAAGGCUGCGGUAGUAGGCAGUCCUAAUGCCACGUCACCAAAAAGCUGGGGAAGCGAGUCUGUGUCUGUAUCAAAAUGGAAACAUCAACAUGCAGUAGAUGAGCGCAGUGAAACCAGUGAUAGUUACCAAGAAGAUGUAUCUCCUCGAAGAUUUCACCGGGCUUUACGCAGCCCUAUGAUGUCCGAGGCUACUAGUGCCAUGAUGCAUCAUGCUGGACAUAGAUUUCAUGAAGUGUUUCAGAUGAAACAUGGUGGCUAUUCUGAUCUUCCUGCAGCAAAAAUCUCAGAGUUGAUGAAAUCUAACAGUUUGGAUAUUGCCCCUACACAGUCGCUUCUAAGCAUGGUAAAUGGGAUUCUAGACGAAAGCAUCAGCAGGAAGAGUGGUGAAAUACCUCAUCGUGUUGCUUGCCUCAUGAGGAAAGUCGUGCAGGAGAUUGAACGGCGUAUUUCCACUCAAGCUGAGCAUCUACGAACUCAAAACAAUCUUUUCAAAACACGUGAGGAGAAAUACCAGUCGCGGAUUAGAGUUCUUGAAGCCCUUUCAAACGGGAACAAUGGAGAGUCAAAGGCGGUGCUCAAUCACUUUGAUCAAAUGAAGAUGAUGAUGAGCCCAUUUGACCAGGUAAAGGUUGAUGUGACAAGAACAGGAAGUGGCAAGAAGGGCGUAGUUUUGCAGCCUGAAAAGAUGAAUUUGCCUAUGGAAAAGAAAAUUGAGGAUCACGAAUUGGAAGAAAUAAUAAAAGAGAAGGAUAGCAGAAAUGCUGAAAUUGCAGAUUUGAAGCAAGAACUUGAGAAUGCUAGAAAAGCACAUCAAGAAUACUGCUCACAAAUAGAAGCAAGUGCUAGAAAGACUCAACAAGAUCUUGAGAAAAAAUUAAAGGAGUUUGAAGAUCAUCUGAAUGAUUCAAAGAAGAAUGUGCAAGAGCUUGAGGCUAAAUCUCGGUCAAAAAGUCAAUGGUGGAACAAAAAAGAACACAUUUACAAAACAUUUACAGAAUUCCAACUUGGUGCAUUGAAGGAACUAAGAUUUGCUUCUCAAUCAGUCCGUCAGGAAAUUUUAAAAACUCAAAAGAGCUACUCCGAGGAUUUUGAUCAAUUAGGGACAAAGCUUAAAGUAAUGCAAGAUGCAGCAGAAAGCUAUCAAGCAGCCAUUAAUGAAAACAAGAAGCUAAACAAUGAAAUUCAAGAACUAAAAGGAAAUAUCCGGGUUUACUGUCGAAUAAGACCGUUUCUUCCUGGUCAAAAGGAAAAAAAAUCAAUUAUUGAUUAUAUCGGUGAAAAUGGGGAGCUAAUUGUUGCUAAUCCCUCCAAACCAGGGAAAGAAAGUCGCAGGAAUUUCAAGUUCAAUAAGGUCUAUGGUCCACGUGCUACUCAAGCUGAGGUGUAUGGAGAUAUACAACAACUGGUGCAAUCGGUUUUAGAUGGCUACAAUGUGUGUAUAUUUGCAUAUGGUCAAACUGGAUCCGGGAAAACCUACACAAUGAGUGGGCCUGACAAAGGAUCUCCAGAAGAAUGGGGAGUCAUUUAUCGCGCUUUAAAUGAUCUUUUCAAAAUAUCUCAAAGUAGAAGCACUUACAAAUAUGAUGUGAGGGUUCAAAUGGUUGAAAUAUAUAAUGAACAGCAUCUUAUGUUAAUCCUUGACUUGCGCACACUUGGGAUUUUAGCAACCACACAAAGCAGUUUAGCUGUCCCGGAUGCUAAUGUGCGCCAGGUCAGCGAUCCAGCUGAUGUUUUGGGGUUAAUGGAAAUUGGAUUUAAAAACCGAGCUAGAAGAUCUACUUCCAUGAAUGAAAGAAGCAGCCGAUCACACAGUGUUGUAACGAUCCAUGUUCACGGAACGGAUCUGAAGGAUGGUGCCUCGUUGAAUGCUGGUCUUCAUUUGGUAGAUCUCGCGGGAUGCGAAAGAGUAGAUCCUACUGAUGUCGUUGCCGACCGACUCAAGGAAGCACAACAUAUUAACAAGUCUUUAGCUGCCCUUGGUGAUGUCAUCUUCUCCUUGUCAGCAAAAAGUGUUCAUGUUCCAUUCAGAAAUAGCAAGCUUACUCAGGUCCUUCAAACCUCUCUAGGUGGUCAAGCAAAGACACUUAUGUUGGUGCAGCUAAACCCAGAAGUACCUUGCUAUAGUGAAAGUUUGAGUACAUUAAAGUUUGCUGAACGGGUUUCCGGAGUGGAGUUGGGCCCUGCUCGCAGUUGCAAAGAGGGCAGUAAUAUCAAGGAAUUAAUGGAACAGGUGAGUUCUCUAAAAUACACAAUUGCAAAAAAAGAUGAGGAGAUUGAGCGACUACAAGGUGUUAAAGAUAAGAAAAAUACAGGCGCCGAUAAACGUUCAUCGAAGUACGGGUCUUCUCCCCCAACUCCGAGUUCCAAAGGUGGAGCUUCUCCACGCAACAGCAACGUAAAGUCUUCCAUUGGUGCCGCAAAGGUAAACCGAUCCGAAAAUAGUCGUAGGUCACUGGACGGCACCGCCUAUAAACCUCCUACCACUCGAAGAGAUGGCUCCUUCCGGCACUCAAUUAGUCAUGCCGCCGAAGACCUUGAUAUUUACUCCGCGUCUGCUGACAGCAGCCCCUCAAGUGAAGGUUCAAAAUCAUCCCACACCUCAAACAAGCCAAAAUCAGGUGCCAAGAGUUCUCGCCCACUGUCAAAGAUAUCAAAGGACCUUCCUAAAGCUGCAAAAGGCCUGUUCAAAUCACCAAGCGGUAGUAGUUUGACCGGCAAAAGUUCCUCCAAGAGAUGGUGAUAAAAUAGAUAGUAAAUAUAACCCUUCAUACUUAUUAUACACAUCUUUCCCUUUGUUUUUCUUUUAACCCUUGUCUUGUUAUCUUUUUAAAGAUUCCCUUAAUUGGCAUUUUAGGUGUCUUGUUUGUUCCUAACACAAGAAAAUUCUACAAUAUGGUUUUCUAGUGCCAUGUGACUUCUUUUAGUUUUAACUUUGUAAAUCCAUAGUACUCAUGUAUACUCGC